UUCACAUGAAGGUCGCACAUCCGUAUUUUUGAGGUGCGUAGGCUCGGAAUCACUUCACAUCCUUCGACCUUUAUUUGGGUGAUUGCUUUCAUGCUUGUUCGUUACUGUCUCUGUGCCAUUUUUCCUUGAUAAAGAUUCUGCCAGGAUCAAAACGACAAGUCCUCUAACUUCCAGAUUUCCAGAUUUCAGAAUUCAGUGUUUACACAGGGGCCUAUUACGAUUCUAAACAAAAUCAUAGUCAAAGUCUUUUUAUUAGCUGUCAUUGCAGUUUUUAAAUUUGAAAUGAUAGAAUCUUUCAUUGCAGGCACUCUGACGAUAAAAAAGCCAACUGGGGAAAACACAAGAAAUAAAAGCAAUUAAAUACUGAAUAUCACACAUACCCAAAAGAUAAUUUCAAAACCUUAGAAAUAACUUUAAAUAUUUUAAUUACUUUAGCAAAACCUGAGAAAGCACACGGUAAACGCGACGAGUAUAAAGGGACAACUCCCGAUCAGUUCACAGAACUCUUGGGUAGUUAUUCAGAAUACCCGAGAUCGUAUGCAGCUGGCCCAUGUGGAAAAUACUGAGGAACGCUUAUCGUAGAAUACAGACAAAAAGGUUGAUCCACGAGUUUUGUCCACGUCCACGAGUGCACGGCGUCAAUCCCCUAUCAUUACAGAAAGAUAUUUUGGGGUGACAUGAAAAAGGGUCAUUCUAUAAAUUUGGGGUCCGACGUGUGACAUUUUCCUGUCUCUAUUAAAUCUGACCUGUGUUAUUUGACAAGGGAUAUAUCGCUGAAAUUAACUUCAAACUAUUUCAUUCGUUUGGCAGGCAGGCCCUAUUUGCAUCCCUGCUUACAUAAUUACAAAAUCAUACGCCAGAUGUAAUAAGGACAGGAAAUUUGGACUCCAAAUUUACAGAUAGAUCAAUAAAGCGGGCAAGAAAGCUGAACUCAAGCCCGAAAUUUGGGGUAGGCUUCAAAUGAAAGAUGAUGUCAAUGAAGGUAAUCAUACUGACGAUGGAUAUUAUGUGUCGUAGUAUUAUUGCGGUAUGCCGAUUGACUGCACAGUUUGUGGGCAUUACGUCAUAAAAUGAAUUACAUAUUCUAAAUUUCUUCUUGUUUCUUGGUUCUUCUUGGUUGAAUAACCUACAAACUGGAACAAACCCUAAAACUUCUAAAAUGUAGAUGCGAGUCGCAUCUUCCCUUGUGCAUAAUUUAAUUCGAGUGAAAGGUUACCACGAUGAUGCAUACUAAUUUACGGCCGGUACAAAUGGCUUGGAAUGUCCAACCAGCAAAUUGGUUUCGCCAAAGUGUGCUGGUAGGUUGUUGCUGAUGAUAAUUGAGGUCUGGCAUAAAUAACACAGCGACAAUGUGUAUGCCUGCACUGCCGUGGAAGCGAAGCAGCUGUUCCAACCGACGUAAUCUCGAUCUUCUGAUAACAAUACAACAAAAUUGUCCGACUUCACCCCACUAUUUCAGACACUGUUGUUACGUGCAAAACAAGCCGAUUCCUCUUUGUGGCCUCAUUUGUCCACGCAUCUAGGAGAAUGAAGUUCUUUCGGUUGGUGCUGUUUGUUACAUUCAUUGCUGUGUGGGUCGUUUCAGGAGGACAUGUUGGGCAGUGUCCUGCAAUCGAUGGAAGCUCCAGAGGUACCUGUGUGGAGCUGUGUUCGUCGGAUUCCGACUGCAUGAGCCACCAAAAAUGCUGCUCAAACGGCUGUGGCCACGUGUGUACGACCGUCAAACAACCGCGAAUCGGCCACAAGCCUCCGCUGCAGUGCCCGCCGAUAGACAGUGGAACGGUCGGUAUUUGUACUGAGGAAUGCAGCUCGGAUGACCAGUGCAAAGCAGGGAAGAUAUGCUGCAGCAACGGCUGUGGUCAUGCCUGUGUCGAACCCGUGGAACCCCCAGGGAAAUCUGGAAAAUGUCCGGCGGUGGAUGAGCGUCGAGACUCGGAGGACAACUGCACCGAUGACUGCGGCGUAGAUGCGGACUGCGAAAACGAUCUGAAGUGUUGCAGAAUUGGCUGCAAUCAUUCCUGUGUGGAGCCCGUACGCGACGCCAAUGUCACCAAACCAGGAGUUUGUCCACAGAAACCUCCGGAGUCAUUUGGCAUUUGCUCUGAGAGCUGUGACUUCGAUGGCGACUGCCCCGAGAACCAGAAGUGCUGCAGUAAUGGAUGCGGACAUGCUUGCAUGAGCCCCGCCCCGUCUAAGCUCGGUCAGUGCCCGAAGGUUUCUGGUGGCCAAAUCGGAGUGUGCUCCGAAGAUUGUCAGUCAGAUGCAGAUUGCCCCGAUCAGCAAAGGUGUUGCAGUAAUGGGUGUGGCCACUCUUGUAUGGACACCACCCAAUCCAAGCCAGGCGAGUGUCCUAAAGUACCGGAUGGACUGGCGGGCAUCUGCUGGGAAGGAUGCUCUUCGGAUAUGGAUUGCGAAGGAGUUGGGAAGUGCUGCAGUAAUGGGUGCGGCCACGUCUGCGUGGAUCCAGUGGUGGUUGUAACGCAGCCGCCUGAGCGGCAUUGCCCGUUGGUCAAGGGCGAUACCGUGGGCAUCUGCGUUGAUGAAUGCAGUUCGGAUAGCGAUUGUGAAGCUGCUCAGAAAUGCUGCAGUAACGGAUGCGGGCACGUUUGUAUGGAUGCUGAUACGACCGCCACAGCACAAGGUUGCCGACUGGGCGAAAAUUAUUACACAAAUGGAGAAAUGGUUCCCACAAGCGAAGACUGUCAGGCAUGCCACUGUGAGGAAGGGGAAGUGAGAUGCAGUGAUUUGGAGUUUUGUGGAAGAGGAGUGUUCAACAAGGCCCUCGUUAUGCCGCUGGUAUUAAGCGCUGCCGGGGUGUUGCUUAGUCUCGCUCUCGUGAUUCUGAUCGUAAGAUGUUUCCUGAUCAGAGCAGCGUCAAAGAGGUCACGAUACAAAUUGAUGCACGAGGUACCGGAGUUUGAGCCUAUUCCAGGUGCCUCUACGAGGAACGCUCUUUAAUUGGACCGUGCUUGGGCAGACCCACUUAAGGGAGCUGAUGAAAGCCGUAGAGGUCACUACAAAUAUAAUAACUGUGCGUAGCUAUUAUACGCCCUACUUUUAAAGUAUGGUAUUAGUUGCUUGGAGAAAGUUGUUCUGGUCUAUUUCUCAAUCGGUUUUUAAUAGGGAAUGAUUUCUUGGGGGGAAAAUAUAGCAAUGAAUGGCCUUCAUUCAUUUAGACUGUGACGCAGACCUGCCAACCUCACCGUAGGCAUUGAGGUUAGGCAUUACCACACAACAAAUUAAAAGCUAAUUCAAAUGAGCCUUCAGUUCAUUUAAAUUUUAAUUAAUCUAUUGUGUGGUAAUGCCUGACCUCAGGAAGGAGUACGGCAUGUUGGUAGGUCUGGUGACGUAUAAAAAGGGGCAAAGCUUCAACACUUUUCCCCUUGAUCGGUUUGACGAUGUGGAUCACUUGGUUAUUCGAAUGCUGUGACAUGUGACAAAUGCUGUGAAAAUACCUUUUCAAAAUUCAUUGAUACGCUCAAUCGUAGGACAGAGCUCAGUUCUUCCAUUAGCAGGGAGUAGUGUCAUGUGGGUAGAGAAAGACGAUUGGAAAGAUCAGCAUUCUUCAGGGAUACGAUUUUUCAGUUUUUCAGCUGAUUUCAGCUUUUUCUGUUUUGGAUUUCAGCUUAUUUCCUCACUAGUUGUGUACAAAA